UACAUUUUUGUAAUGUCUAGUCAAUUUAACGCACAUCAUGGUAAAAAAAUUCUGAAUUCAAAUGUUUGUGAUCUAGUUAAGUACUUCACCUCAAAAAAACUUCGUUGUGACUUCUGGAGAAUUUGAGAAUUUUAGGAAGACACAGUUGGCAACACUGUUUGGAAGUGUUGAAGAAAUUGAAAAAGAACCGAAAAGCCAGAAACAAUGAGCAACAAAAUAGGGAUCAAGAGUAAUUGUUUUUUCUAACCUAGAGUGUUAACACCAUAUCAAGUCUGAAGUGUCAAUCCACAAGUAUGUCUUCCCAACGUUUCUGUCUGCGAUGGAACAACCAUCAGUCGAAUUUGUUGUCAGUAUUCGACCAACUCCUACACGACGAGAGUUUCGUCGAUGUCACGUUGGCCGUGGAAGGACAAUUGUUGCGUGCCCACAAGAUGGUCCUUUCGGCGUGCAGUCCCUACUUCCAGGCGCUGUUCGUCAACCAUCCCGAUAAACACCCCAUCGUCAUCCUUAAGGACGUCCCCUACAGCGACAUGCGCUCCCUGUUGGACUUCAUGUACAGAGGGGAGGUCAGCGUCGACCAGGACAGACUCACAGCCUUCCUGCGGGUCGCUGAAAGUCUUCGGAUAAAGGGCCUGACCGAGGUGAACGAAGAGAAAUGUGAUACAAUAACGUCGUCUUUGACGCAACAAAACCAAAUGAACGCCAACAUGCCACAUCUGCAAAGACUGCAACAGAACAAAAGGUUCGGCAACCCGCUCAACAUGCUCGGCAACGCUCUUCUCCAGCCGAAGAGGAAGCGCGGACGGCCUCGGAAACUCUCGGGUAGUUCGAACGGCACCCCAGGCGAAGACUUCGACAGAGGCGAUGCCCUGGUUCAGGGCAGCCCCGAAAUGCUCGAAGUCAAAAUGGGAAUGGACGGAUUCACGGGAAACAACUCCGACUGCAGCACGGGCAAGUCGGACGCGAAGGAAAACGAUCUGGACGAUAAUACCAAAGUUAAGGAAGAGAACGAACCGGUCGCCGGCACCUCCAAGGAACAGACGUUUAACGAUACGAAAAACGCCGACGACUUUCAGUCUUCCGAGGAGUACUCCGACUACCCCGAGAAUAACCAGAACCACACUAACCUCCCCUCGUCCAUAACCGUGGAAAUCGUCCCCUCGGUGAAGCAGGAGACGGUGAUAAUUUCGACCGAGUCCGCGCGCAACAUGCUUGGCGAGUCGGUCGAGCAAGAGGAGCAGCUCGAGAAGGGGAUGGAGCCGAACGCCGGGGUGCACUUUUUGACCGAUGACGAGUGCGCCCUCAUGGCCGACAACUACGAGAAGAAGAAGAACGAACUGUUGGAGUACUUGACUCGCCAUGACGGCAGUGUUGUUUGUAAACUCUGUGGUGAAGUUCUCGCUUCGCGAACGCAUUGGUACAGACACAAGUACAAGUUGCAUGUGAAUAACUUGGUGAAUCCGGCCCCCCUGUUCAAAUGCACGCAUUGCAACGUGUUCUUCAAGAGCCGGAAGGGGUACAUGGGGCACAUAUCGGCGCGACACUCGGAGAACAUGGAGCAGCACGAGGAGCUCAACAUCAGCAUCAAGGAGGAGGUGGUGGAGACGUCGGAGCCGCCCAAGGCCAAGAAGAAGGAGGGCAAGGCGGCCGACUGGGAGGAGCAGCGCGUCAAGGAGGAGAAACUAGUGGCUGAUAUCAUAGACCGAGUGCGGCGCGAGUGCGAGGCCCAGGGGGCUGCCGUCAGUCGGCGGGGCUACAGUCGGAGGUCCACUGUCAUGAACUCCUGCAAUUAGGGCUCAACGCCACCGAAAUCGCAACACCAAGGCACCGCCCCGCAAUAAUCUUGCAAUGAAAGAGUGAUUUCCUCUCUGUCCAAUUGUUUUUAUGUACAUAGUUAUGAAAGCUCAACUGAAAACGUGAUUUUCCGAUGCCAAAUUCUGUUACAGUGCAACUUUGUUAUUCGCACGUUUUGUUAGGAAUUUUUUGCUCAAGUCUUGGAAUGGGGAACUUGGGAAUGCCAAAGAUAUGAAUUUAACGCUCUAAAUUGGUUAUUCAUUUGAAUUAUCACAGAUUUCGGGUUUAUUUUUCGGCGUCAGAAAUCGACGAAAAUAAUAUUUUCCCGUCUCGAAACCAAUUAACUUUUUGCCCUUCAUAAAGCCCGAUAUUUUGCGAAAGAGCAGUUGUUUACAAGCAAUUUUAAAAAAUUUACAUUUUCCACAUGAAAUGAUCAUUCCUGUUUUGCUCAAGUGUUGUUAUUAAAUUUUUUCCUUCUAUUUUCGUCGGAGAAACAUGCGAGCGUAUGUUUUAUUUAUUAUCUGGGAAAGGCGAAUUAUAUUGAAAGUUCCCCAUUCCGACAAAGUCUUCGUUUUGUUGAAACUGUGUGCCAAAUAUGACGUACCUUUCCCGAAGAUUACUUUUUCGAUACUCCUUUCGAGAUAUAAGAUAUUGUAAAAAUCAUAUUUUUAAUAUCAUGUAGUGUAUAAAAAACGAUAAUUCUUCCUCUUAUGUAAAGUUUCCUGUCUUAAAGUCUGAUGAAAGUGAUGAAAUACUAUAUUUUACUCGUAGCUGUAGUGGCGUUACGGUUUUUUUCAGGGUCGGUUUUAUGGCCCGGUUUCCUGUGUAUUUGACAAGAUUUUAUUAUGUACAAUAGUGUAAUGUAAAAUUAUGUGUUGACUUCGAUUUUGAUCCAAUAA